ACCUAUUAUCAUCCCAGAUGGAGGAAUCAGGCGUUUCCAGACAAAUUUCUAUAUUCCAGUGAGGUGUUCUCCUGAUUCUGAGUUUGAUUGUGAUGUUUGUGGUAAUAAUGAGUCAGCAAGGCUGAAAUGUAUACAAUGUGACCAGAAUUUCUGCGGAAAUUGCGCCGGAAUACACGUGCGUAUGGCCUCAUCACGAGAACACAAUUUAGUAUCAGUUUCACAUGGAGAAGAACAACAUAUGCCGCACGAUGCUGUAAAACAUCCAUCUGAAAAAAUUACUGUGAUAUGCAAAGACUGCGAUGACUUAGUAUGCCAAGUUUGUAGGACAACAGUACACAAGGACCAUUCAUGCAAUACUAUUUCUGCAGAAGCAGCUGCUAGGAGGACCCAACUGAGAGAUCUCAUUGAUAUAUCUGACAACAAUCUGAAAGAAAUUGGAAAAGAUAUGCAUGUUGUUAAAAGACAAGCAGAGUCAAAAUAUACACAUUUUAAUGAACAAAUAACUUAUUUAAGACAAAAAAGAGAUCUGCUUAUUUCAAAUAUCAAUGAAAAGUUCAAUUCAUUUGAAGAGAAAAUAAAACAAGUUAACAAUGAACAACGGAUGUUGUCAAGCGAGAUGUCUGAGAACCUAAAACUAACAAUAGAAAACUUUAAGCAAAGUAUUGAUAAUUCAAAAGAGAUUGCUGACGCAAGUAACGAUGUAAACCUUCUAAGAAAUUUUAACAGCCUUGUUCAGAACCUAGGUGAAAUAGAAAUACCAGUACCCGCUGCGGUACCUGGACAAAAACUGAUGGAAACCGUUGAAAAGUGCACAACUUGGCAAAUAAAACUGAACGAACAAAACGGUGACGUGUAAAAAAAUAUUCUGCAACAUACCUUAUAUACCUAUAAUAAAUACUUCAGCCAGUAAGGAAUUCUAAACCGAAUCUUCCAAUAUUAGGCUGUAACUAACUUCCAUUUAUGACGUAUAACAUUGUUGGAGUGAAAUAGAGCCUUUACAGAAUAUUGGCAUUACACUAGUACAUUUAAUAUUGUUACCAGUACCUACAGCCCUGUACUUUUGUAAUGAAUUGUAUUCACCCCUGUUUCAAGUGUAUGUUUUCGCAAGUUUUUAGUAUGGGGAAAGGUAGUAAAA